UUUGGAAUUUGUUGUUGUUGUGUCGCAACAUGUCUCAAAACGUAAAUUAAAAAGAAAGUGCAAUGUUUUUGACUGGCCAAUCACCUGACCUCAAUCCAAUUGAGCAUGCAUUUCACCUGCUGAAGACCAGACUGAAGGCAAAUAACCCCCAAAACAAGCAGGAAGGAGCAGCAGUACAGGUACAUUCGCAAGUAACCUAACGAAUAAAGACGAUGAGUAAAGAUAGCGCAGUGGAUAUGAAGGACGUGGAGUUGAACGAGCUGGACCUGGAGAAGCAGCCUAUGACAGGUGGAGAGGUUGCGACAGGAGGAACCGAGAAGAAUGGCUUCGUCAAGGUGGAGGAGGCUGAUGUAAAAUUCACUGGUCUUUCAAAAGAGGAACUGAUGAAAGUCGCAGGGACUCCAGGAUGGGUCCGCACGCGUUGGAUUCUACUGGUUUUGUUCUGGCUGGGCUGGCUUGGGAUGCUGGCCGGAGCCAUUGUCAUCAUUGUCCAGGCUCCACGGUGCAAACCUAUCCCCAAAAUGGACUGGUGGAACGAAGGUCCCAUUUACCAGAUCUGGGAUGUGGAUGCGUUCUCUGGGGCAGAUGGCCUGAAAGGACUGGAGGAUAAAUUGGACAGCCUGGGCCAGCUGAAGGUGAAGGGACUUGUGUUGGGGCCUCUGCACACUGUCCAAUCAGACCAGCCAGAAACAGUGGACUUCAAAUCACUGGCCCCUGAGAUAGGAACAAAGGAGCAGUUUGAGAGCUUUGUGGGAAAGGCUCACAAGAAAGGAAUGUCAGUGGUACUGGAUAUGACCCCCAACUACCGUGGUUCCCAGCCCUGGUUUAAUGAAGUUAACGAUGUUACCCUGACUGCCGAGAAGCUCAAGGACGCCAUUCCAUACUGGUUUCAGAUUGGAGUGGAUGGGAUUCAGGUGGCGGGACUUGAUCAGGUUUCCAGUGAGGCUCCAGCAGCGUGGACAAGUCUGAGAGAAGUUAUCCAGGCCAACAGAACAGAAGGAGAAAAGAAUAAGGCUCUCAUAGGAUUGACGUCGAAAACCUCUGGAAUAGACGUGGCAGGCAUCUUGGAAGAUUCUGGAGUUGACCUGAUCCUCUCUGGGGUUUUGAAGUCGGGCGAGUCGGGCAGCGCUCGGGCCCAGGACAUCCAGCAGCUGUAUAUCGCGCAAAACCAAACCAGCCUGGCCUGGAGUCUGGGGGGCCGGAACGACGGACACCUGGCCACCCUCGUCGGGGCCAAACUGGUCCGGCUUUACCAGCUGCUCCUGUUCACCCUGCCAGGAACUCCAGUCUUCAGCUAUGGAGAUGAGAUCGGCCUGAUGGAACAGGGGGGUACACCAUUCCCUAAGAUGCUGUGGGACUCAAGUGAGCCUGAAGAAGAAAAGAAUGAGACCUUGAAGAGUGAACGAGAGCAGAGGCUGUCUUUCCGCUCCUUCUUUAAGACCCUGAGCGACCUGCGUGGGAAAGAACGCUCCCUCCUGCACGGGGACUUCCUGUCGCUCCACAAUGACACCACUUCCUUGGCCUUUUUGCGCCAAUGGGACCAGAGCGGACGUUACAUAGCUGCCGUCAACUGGGGGGACGUGGCCACCACACUCCGCCUGGUACACCCAGACCUGCCGGCUGAAGCCACAGUGGAGCUCAGCACAGAUCCCAUCAAACUUGUUCCGGAAAGUUCCGCGAACCUGGGCGAGCUGGUCCUGGAGGGUCAGCAGGCUGUGCUACUUCAGUUCCCCUUCACUGACUAGCCAGGCGACAGAGCAGCAUGUGGGCGGUGGUUCAAGUAGAUGAGGGGUAGAUGAGUCUUUUUUUUUUGCCCCUGCGCUGAUAUUAUUAGAACUUGUCACAUUUCUUCAUUUGAACAAAUGAUAUGCUCUCUGAAUAUCUUUUCAUGAUCUAAGAUAUCUAUGCCUGUGACAGAUGCUGCUGUGCCUGCAUUUGUACACCGCUGAGUUUACACAUCUACGCUUUACUCAGUACAAAGGUCAAUUUCAGAAUCCAACAUAAGCCUUUCUCCCUCACCUCAAAGCCACCUGUCCUCUCCACACGUUUCCUGACCGCUGUUUCAAUACAUUCCAGACAAAAUAGAAAAAGGCAUUGACUACUGAAUUUUCUACUCUUGUUUUACAAUUAGACAAAGUUUGUUUUUAAAUUUAGCUCCAUUUAAGUACAACUUCUGUUGCAAAAAAAGAGGCAUGUAUAGGAGCUCAAAACAUGAAAAAAUGAAUUGGAAAAACUGUUGUUUUCCAAUAGUAUUGUUUCAUGUAGAAAAUGCAUUGUUUCCUUAGCAUUGACAUGAAAACAAAACAAGUACAGAAAGGCUCAAAUAAAAGCCAUGUUGUA